AUGUUUUUCUGGUUGUUUCCCGCACAAAAUGAAAGCACAGUCAAUACAUCACUGAUUCUCUGGCUGAAUGCUGGUCCAGGUAUCUCAUCUUUGUUUGGUCUUUUCAAUCAAAUCGAUCCAUUAUUCAUCGAUGUGAACGGCAAUAUCCAAUUACGUUUCAUUAAGUGGAAUAAAAACUACCAUUUACUUUUUAAUGAUAAUCCUGUCGGCACUGGUUUCAGUUUUACAUCGAAUGAUCAAGGUUUUGCUCGUACAGAAGAUGAUUUUGCUGGUGAUCUUUAUGAAUGCCUUACUCAAGUUUUUCAAAUCUAUAUUGAUUAUGCUUCAAAUUCGUUCUAUAUUGCUGGUGAAAGUUUUGCCAGAAAAUAUGUACCAGCUCUUACAUACAAAAUUUUAUAUUGA